GAUUGAGAAAUGGGAAUUUGGAAGGAAUUGUGGAAUAUAGUGAGUUUUUUUGCGUGCGGUUUUCUGUGAUUUUUUAAUCAGUAUUUCAACAAGAAUUAUCAAUUACGACUACGACUAAGUAUCGUGUUACUGUUUUAAAUUUUAACAAAAAUUUUAAGUGAUUGAUGUUAUUGAAUAAAUAAAAAUGUCGUUGUUACGUUCGACAAAAUUUGUCAGAUAUUUUACCGGAGCAGCUAGGACACUCUUGAUUAAUUCUGCCAAAACAGCCGAAACAAAUGUCUUUAAUAAUCACAGGUUAUUGGGCGCUACAAAUAGUAUUUUUUUGAAAGAUUACUCUACUUCAAAGAAGUCUGAACGUUUGGAACCACUAUUGCAAAGGUUAGACUCUGAAGUAAGAAGAUAUGGAAGGAUUACAAAAAGAGAUAUAGACGAGGUGUUUGAUGAAAUUCGAGUGAAAAAUGAUAUAACUAGUUCUCAAUCCCUUUUAGUUAUAAGAUGUUGUGGGGAGUUGGUGCCGGAAGAAUUACCUGAACAGAGGACACUGCUUGUACAAAAAAUAUGGAAUGUAUUGACAGAGAGAGGUGUUCCAAUGGAUGUCUCACAUUACAAUGCAUUACUUAGAGUGUACUUAGAAAAUGAACAUCCAUUUUCACCAGCUCAGUUUCUGGAAGAAAUGGAGAAGAAAGGAUUGCAGCCAAACAGGGUUACCUACCAAAGAUUAAUGUGGCGCUAUUGCCAAGAAGGUGAUGUAGAUGGUGCUACAAAAGUGUUGGAAAAGAUGAGAGAACUCAAUAUGCCUGUAUCUGAGCAAGUUCUGAAUGCUUUGGUUAUGGGUCAUGCUUUUCAUGGAGACACGGAAGGUGCAAAAGCCGUGUUGGAGACAAUGGCGGGGGCAGGUCUCAAACCAUCAAACCAGACGUUUGCAUUAUUGGCAUGUGGUUAUGCAAAGCAUGGUGAUAUUGCUGGUAUUGAAAAUGUUAUUGCUAUGGCUGAGGACAAAGACUCCUAUUUGACAGACAAAGAUUUACUUGAUGUUAUUGAACACUUGGCAAAUGGGGGCCAUAAAGACAAAGUUGAACAAAUACUGUCACAUCUAAGAAAAGGUGCUGGUUUCAAUCAAGAUAUAUGUAACCUAAUAUUGAGGCUUUUAAAUAAAGGCCAUGAUGAUACUGCCAAAUUAAUGCUAAGUAUAAUGUCUAAAUCUAACAACGUAGAAGACACUAUGUUUAAGGGUGCUUUUUAUGUGAAGCAACUUGUAAAAUUGAAUAGACCUACUAAUUUGGUGAUAGCGUCUUGUAGGGAGUUACAAGAUGAAGGUUUGAUUCCAAAAGCCCUUUAUAUAGCUGCAGAAGUUGCUUUACAGCAAGGUCGUGUGGAAUUGGCAAGGACUUUACUAAGGGAGCUAAAGAAAGAUGGUAUGGAAAUGAGACAGCAUUACUACUGGCCUAUUUUAGCACAAAAAGGCAAAGAAGGAGAUGAAGAAGGUCUUAUACAAACUAUUCGAGAAAUGUGUGAUGAAAACCUUAUUCCAUCAGGUGAGGCACUGAGGGACUACAUACUACCAUAUCUUAUUGAGAAAGACACUCCCCAAAAUGUUAUUGUAAAACUUCAAAUAGCAAAUGUGCCCGUGGCUCAUUGCGCAAGAAAUUUAAUAACUGAAUUAUUGUACAUGGGAAAUAUUUCUCAAGCAGCACAAAUAGCAUUGCAAUACAGACCAAGAGGUGGUUUCUCAUUAAUAUCGGGAUCGCUUGUUAAUGCAUUAAAUAAAACCAAAGAUAUUGAAUCUUUUGUUAAAAUAGUGCAUGUGUUAAGUGUUAGCCCUCCUCUGCAAACUGAUGAAGAUUCACCUGAAAGUAGCACAGGAGAUAUUAGUAAUGAUGUAGGUCCCAUCAUAAAAAGUGCAAUUAAAAAUCUAAAGACACCUGAACUGUGUGAAACUCUACUGGAAGCAAUUCUUAGCAGAGGAAUAAAAAUCAGUGAACGUUCUGCUGAAGAAAUUGAGCAAUACCUUGGAAAUAAUAUGACAACAAAUAUAUCACAACUAUUAUUAAAGCUGACAUCACCCGAUCUCGAGUGUGUUCCAAUUGAAAACUCUAAAUUAAACAAUGUAAAUCGGAAAUUGAAAUCUAAAGAUCUUGAGCAGAUAAUCAAAAAAACAAUAGAAAAAGGUGGAAAUAUAACUCGACUUCAAAAGCAGUUGUUAGUAGCGUAUAUAGAUGAAAAUAAUGUUGAAAAACUUGAAAGUUAUAUAGAGGAACUGAGAAAAUCAAACUUCGACAUAACAACUUCGACACAAUUAAAGAUAUUUGAGUGUUAUGCGGAAAAUGAUAACAUUGAGAAAGCUGAUGAAGAAUUGAAAAAUAUUAUCAGCAAGGAUCCUGAAUUUGUCUUGAGCAGGUAUAAGAAGAUUGUCUUGGCGCAUGCUUUGGUAAGGGCUAAUAGGUACGAGGAAGCUAUUCAAUUCUUGAAAGAUAACAAACCAACAGAUGAUAACAGUCCAACAUUUUUGUUAAAUUCGAAAUGUUGGCAAAUGCUGAAUACGCUGGUGGAUCAGAAAGAUGUAACAAAGGUAAAGGAGCUGACAGAAGUACUCAUAAAUAACAAUUAUAUUCUACCCACAAAUGUGUUACUAGGACCAAUGAUUAAGGUACACAUUGUGAAUGAUGAUCUAGAAAGUGCACUGAACGAAUUUGAAUACUGUUGUAAGCAGUAUAGAAGUACGCCCUGGAAGGGAGAGUUGAUGAAAACGCUGAUCAUGAAGGAGUCUGCCAACAAACUUCAAUGGCUAGCAGAUCUGAGCACACAGAUCCAUGGUGAAAUUAACAUCCUUCACGAUUUAGUGCUGGCAUUCGUGGAGUGUGGUCGACUACGUCAGGCACGUCGGAUCCUGGAGACACCCGGACUGCUCACCCGCCAGAGGAGGCUCAACGACGCCUGCGAGCGAUAUGUUGAGGAAGGUAAAUCUGAAUAUCUCGAGGGAUUACUAGAAGCAACAAGGGAUUUGUCGGUAGUUGAUAGAUCUAAUAUUUUCUAUCAUUUACUUGUCACAUACUGCAAGGCCAACGAAACUGAUAAAGCUCUUGGUCUGUGGACAGUCCUACAAGAGGAGGGCGAAAUACCUAGCGAGCAAUUUUUAGUGACUCUUGGGAACUAUUUAAAAUCAAAAAAAAUAGAAGUGCCAUUCAUAAUUCCUGAAGAAAAGACUGCGAAAAACAAAGUUAAAACCUCAAUUGUUGCUAAAGAAAAACUAACACCAAAGCAACCUGAAAAACCCACAAAACAGGACCUCACGAAUCAAUUGGAGAAAAUGAUAAAUGAUGGUCAUUUAACACGGGCUGUUGAAUUUGCUAUCAUAUGUAUUAAAAAGGGUAAUAAACCAAGAUCUUCUAUCCUAAAAUAUUUACUGAAGCAAUUAGCAAUGGAAGGAAAUGUGGAGGCAGUAGAACAAUUUGGUAAAUGUUUAGACGAUGAUAUGAAGAAGGAUGUUACUUAUAAUGACAAACAUACGCUGGCUGUAUUUAAGAAAGGGAAUGGGGAACAACAUAUUGAUAACUUGCUGGUUGCAAUCGAAAAAUGUGAAAACAAUGACGAUUUAAAAAUAGCGCUAAAGGCAUUCCCAAGAAGUACUGCCUUAGCAAGUGCGGUUAAUAACGAAGAAUUAGCAAAAAAAUGUCAGAGGAUAACAGAAAUUGCUGCAUCAAAGGGUGCCCUUUUGCCCGCUAACCUACUUUGGCUUGAAUAUUUGAUAGCCGGAAAAAAUAUAGAGGCUGAAUCAAUUUGGAAUAACUGCUUGAAAGAUUCAGAAAUUAUAGUUUACAGAAGAUUACUACAAGAGGCGCAUUUGAAACGUGAUUUUAAACUAAUUGAAGCUCUACUGUCCUACUUGAAAAGAAAUCCAAAGAUACAACCUAGUGCUUUAGGAAAUGUAUAUUCUAGAUAUAUCAAUUUGCAUUUAGUUGAUAAUAAUAUUGACGAAGCUAAAUCACUGUUAGACCAGGCCCUGCGGAGUGGCAUUCAAAACGAACAUCUUAAUAAGUCAAGCUUGAGCAGGUUAAAAGAAAAAUUAGAAGCUGCAGGAAAAGAUUUUGAAUAUUCAUUUUGAACAUUGCAUUACUGAAGAUAUUGAAUGUGGGAUGAAAACAUGACAUCGGAGUAUAAAGUAGCAAAGCGCGCCCAUUAUUUAUUCACUAGUUUAUAAUUAUUGUUUAUUUAAAUACUUCCGAAAAUAAAUGAAACAACAAGAUACAUGAUUAAAAGUAUUAAGUAGUCAUAAUUGUCAAAAAUAUUAUUUCAGAGUGGCAUAUCGCUAAAAAUAUAUGACUAGAUCCAGGAUGCGCGCAAUCGACUUAAUGUAUUUACAUAUUAUGUAGUUUGAAUAAUAUUAGCUCCAAUUAAAAUAUAUAAAAUUAUGAA